GAUUAGCAAUGUAGAUAAGAAAGUAAACUAAAACACACGAUGACGGAGGCGACAUCAGAGACCCCUGAGUCUGGUCUGGACAUGCUAGAUGGGCUGGAGAGGGAGGAGCUGAGUGAAACACCAAACCCCAUUAAGAGAGACGACAGCUUCAUGAGCAAGGGCUCCGAAGAAGGGCUCAUUGAUGGCGUGUUUGAUGUAAAGCUCUCAGAGGUGACUGAGGACCCUAACCAGGUGAAUGUGCACCAGUUCUACCCACAGCUCGAACACCAGUUCAUGAAGGGACAUGGCGGCCAUGGCGACCAGAGACUGGCUAUAGCUGGCAGUGUGUCAUCAGGCUGGGUACCGGACUCUGCCAUGGACAGCAGGGCACUGGUUCCCAGUACCAACUCAGCAGGGACACCCUGGUCCAAGGAUGAUGAGAACAACUCAUCCGACCCACAGUUCACGUAUCUCAUGGAGCGUUGGAGACAAAGUGUCGAGCAUGAGAGUAGAAUGAGUAGGAAAUCCCAGCAGACUCAACAGGAAGACAAGCCCAGCCAGAGCUCGGAGGCCCACAAGGUGUCAGCCCCGGGGGGUCCUGAGGGGGCAGGAGUGGACAGUCCCAAGGGGGAUGGGGAUGAUGGCCUGGAGAGUGUGUUCAGCACAGCGGUGGAUGAGCAGACGCUGGCGGAGGCAAAGGAGCGGCGGGGCCAGGGGGCGGGGCGACCUGGGGAGACGGGCAUCUUCCAAACAGAGAAGUGGGGCAUGGAGAAGCCUCCCCAGCCAAGUCUCAAACAGAUCAUGGAUGACACAGCCAUGAAACACUUUACAAAAGCAUUGAAGCUGAAGGAAGAAAAGAACUAUCAAAGUGCUAUAUUGUUUAUCAACAAGGCAUUAACAAUACACAAAGAUGAUGUGCGGUUCUAUGUAGAGAGGGCAGAAGCUUAUCUAAACCUGUGUGACUUCCAGUCAGCCAUUUUAAACUAUAAAAAGGCGUGUCUAAUGGCCCCCUCAAACCAGGAGUAUUAUGAGAGAUUGGCAUUCUUUUAUUUCUUCCAAGGCCAGUCUCUGUUUGACCAGAGAUUGUACCCAGAAGCCUUGGAGGCAUUCUCACGAUCAGCGGAAAUGUGCCCAGAUAACAUUGGAUAUCACAUACGCAGCAUCACAUGCCUGGCAGCCCUACAGAGACAUGGGGAGUGUCUGGCCCUGGUGAAUAAGCAGCUAGAGACCGACAAGAACAACGCUGACCUCUACAUUAUGAGGGCCAGGCUACAUGAAAUGUUCAGAAAUACAACACUUUGCUACUAUGAUGUGAAGGACGCGCUGGGUAUUGACCCCGACCACGUUGAGGCCUCACACAUGAUGGCCCGCCUAGAGACUGUUGCUAGGGACAACCGUCGCCAGGCCAUGCAGCUCAACCUCAUGUCCAAACACAGAGAGGCACUCCAGAAGAUCUCGAUUGCCAUAGAAACAGACCCGGCAGUGGCAGACUUCCAUGUUCUCAGAGGUGCUCUACACAGAAAGCUGGGAGACUACAACGCAGCUAUAGAUGACUUUCUGUUGGCUCUGGACAAGUGUGACCACGAGGAGGAGAGUCCAGUCUACAUCGACUCUCAGAGACAACUGCUGCUCACUUACAACGACUUCGCAGUUGAGUGCUUCUCCAAGGGAUUCUUUGAGGAGGCCAUCAUCCUCUUGAACAAGGCAAUCAAGGGAGAGAAGCGAGAAAAAGGACUCUAUGUCAACAGGGGAGAUUGUUUCUUUCGUCAAGAUGAGUUCAGUUUUGCGAUGCAGGAUUAUGAGCAGGCCCUGGAGAUGGACCCUUCUGACGAUACCAUCAAGUCUAGAAUCUCUGUGAUACACAACGAGUUUGGUGUGCAGGCCUACCAGGACAAGAUGUUCCCGGAUGCAGAGAAGCGGUUCAGCCAGGCUCUGGAGUUUCACCCCAAGGUUGGCCAGUACUACAUCUCCCGGUCACGGGCCCGAUACAUGAUGGAGAACAUGACGGGUGCGCGAGGUGACUUGAUCAUGGGUCUACUACUGGACCCGGACAAUGAGGACGUCAUCUCCAUCCUGUCCCGUCUGUUCCCGGGCAAGUCUGUGGGUGACGUGCUGGCCAGCAGGGCAGCUGAGAGUGCCAAGAUGGCCAUCAGGAACAUCUUCCACCCUCCCCGAUCACAGCAGACACAACAGGAGGGGGAGGAGGAGUCUGUUGCUAGGUAAGAUGACUAUCAGGAACAUC